AUGCACCGAGCCGGCCUCACCGCCCUAGCCCUCGCGGCCCUGGCCUCCGCUGCCCCCUUGUCCGAGCCGACCAAGACCGUGCAGACGAGACAGUUCUCCAUAACCGACCCGGGCACCUGGUUCCCGGGCACGGGUAAGACCCCGCCGCCGCCUACUUUCACCCUACUCCCGCCCAUCACGGGAGGCCUUGAGCCAUCCGAUAAGAAGCGACAGGACGGUGGCAGCGUCGUCAUUCUACCCCCCAUCACCGGCGGCCUCAACCCCUCAGACAAGAAGAAGCGCCAGGACUCUAUUGGCAUUGGCGAUGGUAGCUCCGACCCCGUCAAGGCUCACAUCGCCGCGCUCGAGCUCGAAUACGAGACCCUGAUCCACGCCUUCGGUGCCCACCCGCCUAAGCCCAUCGCUAAGCGUAUUGCUGCUAUCCAGGAUGAGCUCCUGAGCAAGUACGGCAUCAAGAUCAUCCAGUCCCCCGAUGGAACCACUACUACUUUCGUCCCCGGUAAGAGGGACGUGACCGCCGAUGACAUCUACAUCCCCGGCGGCCCGUUCAUUCCGGCCCCAGCUUUCCCUGGUGGCCCCGUCACCCCCGACCCCGUGGUCCCGGGCGGUCCCAUCGAGGUCAGCAACUAA